AUGUGUGACAUCCCGAGUCCAAUAGAAUGGGAGGAGGCCCAAAUACUGGACAAGGCCGAUGAAAGUCCAACCCUAGCUGCUCCUUCUUCUCCCCUCCUCGAUAAAAAGCGCCGCACAGAAAACGAGGAGGCACGAUCUUCACUUCCGACGCCGAACUGCUGCCGGAACCGGGAGAGCUCCGCCGCCGUUGCUGCUACUUCCGAUCUCACCGCACUUGCACGUGUUUCCGCACCGGACCGUGAUCCCAUCGUUGUUCCCGUGAGAAGAAGCCGCCGAGAACCGACUCCAUCGCAACGUCUUCUCGACUCCGCCGCCACAAGUCACCACCGUCGCCGAUCUGCUGCUCCAGACCCUUCUCAUCAGUGA